ACCAUCCCAUUAAAAAUUAAAAAUUUCUUGGACUGGUCCCAGUCCUUAGUCCCUAAACAGAGCUCUAGUUACGUAAAAGUUCAAACCUUUUCAGAAAUACAGAUUGAGAGAGAGAGAGAGAGAGAGAGAGAGAGAGGAGUGCCCUGGAUGUCUCUGCUUCUCUAUCUGAUCCAAAGCUAGAGACUUGUUUGUUUCCCGGGAAAAUUUGGAUCACGGGAAGUGAAAUCCGAGAUGGUUUUGGCGGAGUACUUGAGGACAAUCGAUUGGGAGGAGGAAGCCUACCCAGCAUAUGAAGAUUUCGCAAUUCUUCCUUUGUUCGUCCUCUACUUCCCAACCGUCCGAUUUUUUCUGGAUAGAUUCGUCUUUGAGAAAUUGGGGAGGCGGUUAAUUUUUGGAAGGGUUCAGAAGUGGGAUGUAAAAACUGAUGAACAAAGGAAGAAGAUUAGAAAAUUCAAGGAGUCAGCAUGGAAAUGCAUAUAUUUUCUUUCAGCAGAGUUUCUAGCCCUCUCUGUAACUUAUGAAGAGCCUUGGUUUACUAAUACAAAAUACUUUUGGGUAGGACCAGGAGACCAGGUUUGGCCAGACCAAAAAAUGAAGUUGAAAUUGAAGGGGGUUUAUAUGUAUGCUGCUGGAUUUUACACAUACUCCAUAUUUGCUUUGAUUUUCUGGGAAACAAGGCGUUCCGACUUUGGGGUGUCCAUGGGCCAUCAUGUAGCAACUGUCAUUCUCAUUGUGCUGUCUUACAUUUUCAGGUUUGCCCGCGUAGGUUCAGUUGUUUUAGCUCUUCAUGAUGCUAGUGAUGUGUUUCUUGAGGUAGGGAAGAUGUCCAAAUACAGUGGUGCGGAAAGGACUGCUAGCUUUGCAUUUAUUCUUUUUGUAUUGUCUUGGAUCAUACUGCGACUCAUUUACUAUCCAUUCUGGGUCCUUUGGAGUACAAGCUACGAAGUUAUCCUGACAUUGGACAAGGAGAAACACUCUAUAGAUGGACCAAUAUACUACUAUGUGUUCAAUACUCUCCUAUUCUGCUUACUUGUGCUUCACAUUUUCUGGUGGGUGUUGAUUUAUCGGAUGCUUGUUAAGCAAAUCCAAGCAAGAGGCCAGCUUAGUGAGGAUGUUCGGUCAGAUUCUGAAGGUGAAGAAGAUGAUCACGAAGAUUAAACGAGAAACAGAAUUUACAGCCACACCGUGACCCUCAAGCAAAGACGAGGAACAUCUUACAUUUACACCGUUGAUGUAUUCUUUUGAUAGUGAAACAAUUUUGGUGGAACAAGUGCGUCGUGAUUGCAGGGAUGGUAUGUUAAGCGGGAUACGAUACGGAAGCAGGUUGAAUGAAUAGAUUGGCAAGGGUACAGAAGUUUGAUUCUGGCUCAGCUUUCGGUUCAUUGCCUUCAAUUUGAAUCUGCUGGCAUGAUUGACAUGCUAAUGCAAGGAAUUUGAUGUGUAACUGGAACUGUAAUAGUUGUACACUUUUUCGAGUCAGCUAUAAGGUUCUUGUGAAUACAAUGGCUAAUUUCUUUUCUAAACCAUCCAUGAUUAACAGA